GAGAGAGAGACAGAGAGAGAGAGAGAGAAACAAAAUGCAGCAGAAUUCUUCAUGUAACUCAGCCGAGUGAGCAAGCAUUUAGCAAAACAAAUUUUAUAGCUGAACGUGGAAAGGAUUUCACACAUCAACUUUGAAUCAGUUUAAGGUGUUUGCCCAUGGGGAACUCAGAAGAAGCAAAGGAUUUUAAGCACGACGAAACGUCUUCACCUUCUCUGGAGCAGCAGCAGACGGGCCAUGUAUAUCCUGAUUGGGCAGCGAUGCAGGCUUAUUAUGGCCCCAGAAUGGCUGUGCCACCAUACUUCAGCUCAGCUGUUGCAUCUGGUCAUGCACCUCCACCUUAUAUGUGGGGACCAUUACAGCAUAUGAUGCCACCUUAUGCUGCAAUCUAUCCACAUGGUGGUGUUUAUGCACAUCCAGGAGUUACUGUUGCAGCUAGUCCUAUGCAUAUUGACUCUCCUGCCAAGUCAUCAGGGAAUUCGGAUCGAGGCUUGGUUAAGAAGUUGAAAGGAUUUGAUGGGUUGGCAAUGUCAAUAGGCAACGACAAUGGAGGCAGUGCAGAAGGUGGAAAUGACAAUGGGAUCUCUCAGAGUGGGGAGACUGAAGGAUCCAGCGAAGGAAGUGAUGGGAAUACAACAGAGGGAGCUAAAAAUGGUCGAAAAAGGAGCCGCGGAGGAUCAUCUACAAGUUCUGAAGUUGGCAAGACUGAGCAAAGUGACCAACUUCCUUCUACGAAUGCAAAUGGAGGCUCCAAGAAAGUAACAGGUCUCGCUGUUGCUCCUGGAAAGGUUUUGGGUAAAACAAUAGGAGUGGUUAUAUCUGCGGAUUCAGGCACCGAGCUCGAGCUUAAGAAGUCUCCAGCAGCUGCUAACAUGACUUCAGCUGCUGUUACCAUGAUACCCAGCACUGCCAUACUUCAGAAUGAGCGAGAACUGAAAAGGGAGAGAAGAAAGCAGUCUAACCGAGAGUCUGCCAGGAGGUCAAGAUUAAGGAAACAGGCUGAGGCUGAAGAACUUGGUGGCAAAGUUGAAGCCCUCACUAGUGAGAAUUUGACCCUCAAGUCUGAGAUUAACCGGUUAACUGUUAAUUCUGCUAAUCUGAAGCUUCAAAAUGCUAAACUACUGGAAAAACUUAAGAACACACAACACGAAGAAGCUAGAGAAGACCCAAGGCCUGACAAAAAGGGUUCGUCUCUCAGCACUGCUAACCUACUCUCCAGAGUCGAUAACGGUUCUGGUUCUGUUGUUAGAAACGAUGGAGAGGCCACUGGUUCUGGUGCAACCCUGCGUCAACUUCUGGACGGUAACCCCAGAGCCGACGCUGUUGCUGCUGGGUAAGGGUAAGGGUAAGGGUAAGGCUAAGGCUAACCCAUUUGUACCUUUAAAGUUAAUUGUGUAAGUUGGGUCUAUUAAUUAAUGCAACUGCAAUUAGUUCUAACAAUAAGUAGAGAGGAAAGGAGUGAGUUUAUUAUAGGAUUUGGUGAAAGCAAACUGAAAUGUGUUUUUAGUUUUCAGAGUGUUGGCCAGCAAUAGUUUGUUGUAAUUAGUUACCACCUAGCUAGCUUAAUCUCCUGCAAUUUGAACCUAUAUAUAUGGUUUGUGUAGUAAGUAUAUAAAGAUGUGUUGGUUGAAUUGAA